AAGAAUUGCAGUUCCAGCAAUGUGUGAAUUACAGAGCAAACACAAUGGGUUUUGGAACUCGUUCUGCUCUCCGUCUUCGUCCCAAUUCGCAUUUCAACAAUUCCAUUUCCUUCUUCUGCUCCCAAUCACUCACACUCUGUGAAUCCGAUCCCCAAUAUCAGAAGCGCCUUCAAAAGGUUCAAAAACUCGAAACAUUAAUAAGUCGCGGUCGCACGAUCACCGCAAGAAGGUUCCUCAGAUCCCUUCUUCUCACCAAAACCGCUUUCUCUUCUCUCUCCGAACUCCACGCUCACGUCUCCAAACCCUUCUUUUCGGACAAUCUCUUAUGGCUCUGUUCCGUCUCCAAAAUGCUCGACGAAGCCACCGACUUGUACUCCACCAUGCGAAAAGACGGUUUUGUCCCUUCCACGCGUUCCGUCAACCGCUUGCUCAGGACCCUGGUGGAUUCCCGACACUUCGAGAAAACCCUCGCUGUCUUCGCCGACUUUAUCGAUUCUGGUACUCGGCCCGAUGCUGUCGCUUAUGGAAAGGCUGUUCAGGCGGCGGUGAUGUUGAAGGACCUCGAUAAGGGUUUUGAGUUGAUGAAAUCCAUGGUAAAGGAUGGAAUGGGCCCUUCUGUGUUCGCUUAUAACUUGGUAUUGGGUGGGUUGUGUAAGGUGAGAAGAAUCAAGGAUGCUCGGAAGCUGUUCGAUGAAAUGAUUCAGAGAAACAUGGUUCCGAAUACGGUUACUUAUAACACGCUCAUUGAUGGGUACUGUAAGGUGGGUGGUAUAGAGGAAGCUUUAGGCUUCAAGGAGAGGAUGAAGGAACAGAAUGUGGAGUGUAAUCUUGUCACGUAUAAUUCCUUGUUAAAUGGUCUUUGUGGUUCGGGGAGGGUGGAUGAUGCGAGGGAGGUGUUAUUAGAGAUGGAGGGCAGUGGUUUUUUGCCUGGUGGGUUUUUGAGUGUUGUGUUUGAUGAUCAUUCGAAUGGUGCAGGUGAUGAUGGUUUAUUUGAUGGAAAAGAAAUAAGAAUCGAUGAGCGAACUUAUUGUAUUUUGUUGAAUGGACUAUGCAGGGUUGGGAGGAUUGAAAAGGCUGAAGAGGUUCUGGCCAAACUCGUGGAAAAUGGAGUUACUCCAAGCAAGAUUUCAUAUAACAUAUUGGUGAAUGCAUAUUGCCAAGAGGGUGAUGUGAAGAAAGCUAUACUGACAACUGAACAAAUGGAGGAACGAGGGUUGGAGCCUAAUCGAAUCACUUUUAAUACUGUGAUUAGCAAGUUCUGUGAAACUGGGGAGGUGGACCAAGCAGAGACAUGGGUUAGGAGGAUGGUAGAGAAGGGUGUUUCCCCUACUGUGGAAACCUAUAACUCGUUGAUUAAUGGUUAUGGCCAGAAGGGCCAUUUUGUCAGGUGUUUUGAGUUUCUUGAUGAAAUGGACAAGGCAGGGAUAAAGCCUAAUGUCAUCAGCUAUGGUUCUCUAAUAAAUUGUCUUUGCAAAGAUCGUAAACUUAUUGAUGCUGAGAUUGUGCUUGCAGAUAUGAUAGGUCGUGGGGUUUCUCCAAAUGCAGAAAUAUAUAAUAUGCUCAUUGAAGCUAGUUGCUCAUUGACUAAAUUGAAAGAUGCUUUCAGAUUUUUUGAUGAAAUGAUACAAAGUGGAAUAGAUGCAACUCUUGUGACUUACAAUACUUUGAUAAAUGGACUCGGAAGAAAUGGAAGAGUAAAGAAAGCUGAGGAUUUGUUUCUCCAAAUGGCAGGCAAGGGAUGUAACCCGGAUGUAAUAACAUACAAUUCUCUGAUCUCAGGAUAUGCCAAGUCAGUAAACACCCAGAAAUGCCUUGAAUUGUAUGACAAGAUGAAGAUUCUUGGCAUAAAACCUACAGUUGGGACUUUUCACCCUUUGAUCUAUGCAUGCAGGAAGGAAGGCGUGGUGACAAUGGAUAAAAUGUUUCAAGAAAUGUUACAAAUGGAUUUGGUCCCGGAUCAAUUUGUAUAUAAUGAAAUGAUUUACAGUUAUGCUGAAGAUGGAAAUGUUAUGAAGGCAAUGUCUUUGCACCAACAGAUGGUUGAUCAGGGAGUUGAUUGCGACAAGGUGACUUACAAUUCCUUAAUUCUUGCAUAUCUUAGAGAUAGAAGGGUUUCAGAAAUAAAGCAUCUUGUUGAUGAUAUGAAGGCUAAAGGACUGGUUCCAAAAGUUGAUACAUAUAACAUUCUGAUUAAGGGACUUUGUGACUUAAAAGAUUUCAAUGGUGCAUACUUUUGGUAUAGGGAAAUGGUUGAGAGGGGUUUGCUUUUAAAUGUCAGCAUGUGCUACCAGCUAAUUUCCGGACUAAGAGAGGAGGGAAUGCUGCGAGAGGCUCAAUUUGUAUCCUCAGAAUUGAGCAUUAGAGGACUGAAUAACUAGAAGAAUGUAAAGGUAAAAUCCUUGCCCGAUUGUUCAAUGCAUAUGAUUGGAAAAUAAGGACAGGUGCCUGAUAACAUAGCGCAUCUAGAAUAUGUAUGUUCUAGACUAUCAAACAUCACUUUCUGCUGAUAUUACAUCUAAAAGGAGGAUUGUUAAACACCUUGGAGGGGAGACGAAGUCAGAAUCCUAGGGAAAAGGAAGUUAAUACAAGCUCAAAAUGAUUAGAGGGCUGGAUCCAAAAUUCGAUGUUCAACAUUUCAAUGGAGCGUAUUUUUUAGUGCAGGAACAUGUUUGAGGGAGGUUUUCAUGAGUAUCAACUUCAAAGAAAUAUGAAAUAUCGUAGGUCUCCAUCACACUAGGUCAAGGAUUCUGCAUCUCCUAGCUGGAUGUCAUUGUUGAUGGUUUUUGUGAGGCUGAAAUUCCACCAGUUUUUGCCAAAAAGAAACAAACGGUAAUAAAUUUUCAGCGCACACACCGAGGCACAGUAUCGCAAUCUUGCCAGAAGUUUCAGCAUCAAAGAAUAAUUCCAGACUUGUGUUUCACAUAUCCUAUCUCUUUUGCGUAGUGAAACGGCGUUCAAUUUUGUUGUAGUGAUUAUUACUUCAGUAACCUUUUCAGGGUGAUAUUCGAACUGCACAACAAAUUUAGCAUGAAGUUGGUAGAUCUGACUGAAAAGCUUGGAGUGUGCUUAUUGCUGGAGGUUAGGUUGUCUUGUAAACAUUAUUAUUACUAGCCAGAUUGAUUUGGGGGUAAAUCGUAUUGAAUAAUGAAUAAUCUUUUAUUUAAAUCAACUGUAUGUAUAUACUACAAUCAAAGUAAUCUGAUUCUAAAAUUCUUUGAGAACCAUAAACAGAUAAUUUUUUUUGUUAUCUUCUUGUAUACAAUGGAACGGGACAAAACUUGGGUUCCGUUUUUACAUUA